CAAAAUGCGACCGCCAGAGUUUAAAUUGAACAAUCCGCCAGAGGACUUGAUAUCGGCUGUGAAAUUCGGCCCCAAAUCGAACCAGUACAUGGCGGCAUCGUCAUGGGACGGAACGCUUCGCUUCUACGAUGUGGCGGCAAACCAGAUGCGGCAGAAAUUCCUGCAAGAUGCGCCAAUUCUUGACUGUGCCUUCAUGGAUAUUGUGCACGUGGUGAGCGGCUCGCUGGACAACCAGCUGCGCCUCUUCGAUGUGAACACCCAGACGGAGACCAUUGUGGGUGCCCACGAGAACGCGGUGCGUUGUGUGGAACAUGCCGAAUACGUAAAUGGCAUCUUGACGGGCAGCUGGGACAAGAAUGUUAAACUCUGGGACAUGCGCGAGAAGCGCUGCGUUGGCACCUUCGAACAGAACAACGGCAAGGUGUAUUCCAUGUCUGUGAUUGACGAGAAGAUUGUGGUGGCUACCUCCGACCGCAAGGUGCUCAUCUGGGACCUGCGCAAAAUGGACAGCUAUAUAAUGAAGCGCGAGUCCUCGCUGAAGUACCAGACGCGUUGCAUUCGCCUCUUCCCCAACAAAGAGGGCUACGUGAUGUCCUCGAUUGAGGGCCGUGUGGCAGUCGAGUACUUGGACCACGACCCCGAGGUGCAGCGUCGUAAAUUUGCCUUCAAAUGCCAUCGGAACAGGGAUAACAACAUCGAACAGAUUUAUCCGGUGAAUGCGCUCAGCUUCCACAACGUUUAUCACACAUUUGCCACUGGCGGCUCCGAUUGCAUUGUUAACAUCUGGGACGGCUUUAACAAAAAGCGUCUGUGCCAGUUCCACGAAUAUGACACCUCCAUUUCAACUCUAAACUUUAGCUCCGAUGGCAGUGCCCUGGCCAUUGGCUGCUCCUACCUGGACCAACUGCCCGAGACGCCCGCCACCGUGCCUCAUCCGACCAUUUAUAUAAGAUAUCCGACUGACCAAGAAACAAAGCAGAAAUGAGUGACGUGCAUCUCGACUAACAUUUUCCACUCUCAUGUUUUUAGUUGUUACCAAGGAGCAGAGUAAAUACAUAUAUGUAAUCGUAUCAGUAUCAGUUAAA